AAUUACCAAGUUAGGAUCAAAGAUGUAAAGCAGCCAAUGCUCAUGUCAAAACCUAAGAAGAGAGAUUUAAGAAGAGGUUUAGGAAAUAUUUACCUUGUGCCAGAAUUGUGUGCUCUGACAGGACUGACAGACAUCAUGAAGUCAGACUUUAAUAUGAUGAAGGAUCUAAGUAAGUACAUGCGGAUGGGUCCUGAUAAACGCGUCGAAGCAUUGCAGCGUUUCAACCAGGACCUCUCUUCUAAUGCUAAGGUGAUGCAGGAGAUGGAGCAUUGGGGUCUGAAUCUCUCACCAUCCUUGAUACGAAUUCAAGGACGUAUAUUGCCAGAAGAACAAAUUCUCCAAGAUGGCAGAAGUAUUUGUUACAACCAACAAACAUCAGAUUGGUCCAAAGAGCUUCGUAGUCUGAAGUUCAAUUUACCUGUUGGACUUGACAAUUGGGCAGUUGUUUUCCCACUGAAGUUCGCUACUGAUGCACGUGAGUUGUUGUCCAGUGUACAACGUGUUGGAGCACCCAUGGGAAUGAUGAUUAAGAAUCCAGCUAUGUUUGGUUUGCAAGGUGAUAGUGUUCAUGAGUAUAUCGGUGUGUUCAAUCAAUGUGUAGGAAAGCAGCUUGUGUUGAUACUUCUAUCAAACAACCGUGCUGAUCGAUAUAAUGCUGUGAAGCGUCACCUCUCCAUUAAAAUGGGCAUCGCCAGUCAGUGCAUUCUAAGCCGGACAUUAUUAAAGAAACAACGCCUGAUGUCUGUUGCAACAAAGGUAGCAAUUCAAAUAAACUGCAAGCUGGGUGGUGAACCUUGGAAUAUUGCAAUUCCUCUUAAAAAUGCUAUGGUUAUUGGAUAUGAUACUUACCAUGAUAAAGCUACAAGAGGACAGUCAUAUGGUGCAGUUGUGUCUUCUACAAAUCAGACAUGGACACAAUACCUAUCACAAGUAUCAUGCCAUAGCAGUCAGGAGGAACUUACAAAUAAUUUUGCUGCAGGUAUAAGAA